GAGAGAGAGAUUGAGAUGCCAAAUCAUUUCCAUGCGGAUCUUGGAGGCGCCCACCCCGGCUACAUAAGGUGCCGAGGCAGUGACACCACCACCCCACCCCCCACCACACUCACCAAGAACAAGAGCAGAGCAGAGGAGGAAGAGGAAUCAGCCGCCAUGGGCGAGGAGGAGAAGAAGGAGGCGGCGAAGGCCAAGGAGGAGGAGAAGCCCAAGCAGGAGGAGAAGCCCAAGGAGCAGGAGGAAGGCAAGAAGGAGGAGAAGCCCAAGGAGGAAGGGGAGAAGGGGAAGGACGGCGGCGGCGGCGAGGAGAAGAAGGACGGCGAGGCGGCUGCGGCGGCGGACGCUCCACCGCCGCCGCCGCCGCCGGAGGAGGUGGUGAUGCGCGUCUACAUGCACUGCGAGGGCUGCGCCAGGAAGGUCCGGAAGAUCCUCAAGGGAUUCGAUGGAGUGGAGGAUGUGAUCGCCGACUCGAAGGCGCACAAGGUGUUGGUGAAAGGGAAGAAGGCGGCUGCAGACCCGAUGAAGGUGGUGGAGCGAGUUCAGAAGAAGACCGGCCGGAAGGUGGAGCUCCUGUCGCCGAUGCCUCCUCCACCGGAGGAGAAGAAGGAAGAGGAGAAGAAAGAGGAACCUGAGCCUCCAAAGCCUGAGGAGAAGAAGGAGCCGCCGGUGAUCGCGGUUGUGCUGAAGGUGCACAUGCAUUGUGAGGCCUGUGCUCAGGGGAUCAGGAAGAGGAUCCUCAAGAUGAAAGGGGUACAAUCAGCUGAGCCUGACCUGAAGGCGUCGGAGGUAACCGUGAAGGGUGUGUUUGAGGAGGCCAAGCUGGCCGAGUACGUGCACAAGCGCACCGGCAAGCACGCUGCCAUCAUCAAGUCUGAACCGGUAGCCCCUCCCGAGAAGGUGGCAGCCGAAGGUGGCGAUGAGAAGAAGGCAGCCGAAGGCGGCGAUGAGAAGAAGGACGAGAAGGAGGAGAAGAAGGAUGGAAAAGAGGAAGGUGGCAAUGGUGGCGGAGAUGAGAAGAAGGAAGAGAAGGAGAAGGAGAAGGAGGGUGGCAAUGCCGAUGGCGAGGAGAAGGACAAGGACAAAGAGAAAGACCCCGCCGCCAUUGCCGCCGCGAACCUAUACCUGCAUUAUCCAAGGUUCGCAUUCCCUGCCGGAUACUACCCGCCCGGGCCGGGUUAUGCCUACCCACCGCCCUACCCUCCAUCCUACCCGCCACCAUACCAGCCAUCCUACCCGCCAUACCCGUCGCACCCUUCGCACCACCCGUCGCAGAUCUUCAGCGACGAAAACCCGAAUGCCUGCUCUGUCAUGUAAAAAGUUUUAGAACCUGGGGGAUCUAGAGUGAAAAAGAAUAAGAAGAGCACAGGACUGCAUAAUUUGGAGGGUGUCAUUGCAACAAUUGCCCUUUGAGCAAAGCAAAGCUAAAAUGGCAGCUUGAAGAAAGUACCAGGCUUUUUUGGGGGUUAGGUUUCUUUUUAACUUUCUUUUGUAAUUUUAACCCUUUUCUUUCAUCUGGUAUAAACUACAAAGCAAGUCUGGACUUCCUUGUCAGUUUAUGGAUGCUAUCUUAUGUAGAAUUUUGCUCUCUGUACUGUUUCACCUUCAAACUAAUGUAAAAACUGUACUAUACUAGUAUAAUUUUUAGGUGUACCUUUGGUUCCCUGUCC